AUGUUCCCCGCGCAGGACGCUCUGCCCCGCGGCGGGCUCAGCCUGAAGGAGGAGCCGCUGCUGCCCGCCGGCCUGGGCUCCGUGCGCUCCUGGAUGCAGGGCGCGGGCAUUCUGGACGCCAGCACCGCGGCGCAGAGUGGUGUGGGCCUGGCACGAGCACAUUUCGAGAAGCAGCCCCCCUCCAACCUCAGGAAAUCCAACUUCUUCCACUUUGUGCUGGCCGUGUACGACCGGCAGGGGCAGCCUGUGGAGGUGGAGCGCACAGCCUUCAUCGACUUCGUGGAGAAGGACCGAGAGCAUGGAGCCGAGAAGACCAACAACGGGGUCCACUACCGCCUGCGGCUGGUGUACAAUAAUGGACUUCGGACAGAACAGGACCUCUACGUGCGCCUCAUCGACUCCAUGUCCAAGCAGGCCAUCAUCUAUGAGGGACAGGACAAGAACCCCGAGAUGUGCCGAGUGCUGCUCACCCACGAGAUUAUGUGCAGCCGGUGCUGUGACCGAAAGAGCUGUGGCAACCGGAAUGAGACCCCUUCUGACCCCGUCAUUAUUGACAGGUUCUUCCUCAAGUUCUUCCUCAAGUGCAACCAGAACUGCCUAAAGAAUGCGGGGAAUCCCCGAGACAUGCGCCGCUUCCAGGUGGUGGUGUCCACGACGGUGAGCGUGGACGGCCACGUGUUGGCGGUGUCCGACAACAUGUUUGUGCACAACAACUCCAAGCACGGCCGCAGGGCGCGCCGCCUGGACCCCUCCGAAGAACCCAGCCCGCCCAUGCACCCUGAGGCAGUUCCGUGGGGGCUGGGGUGGGGGUGGGCAGCGCAUGCAGCCAGACGGGCUCUGGGACUAGUUGCUGGUGUGUUUUGCGUCCUGUCCCCCCACUGGGGGUGGAGUGGGGGUGUCCUGUCAACGCUGGCCCUCUCCCCAGCCCUGAAUGAGCCCACCAUUGACUACGGAUUCCAGAGGCUACAGAAAGUCAUUCCCAGGCACCCGGGAGACCCCGAAAGGCUGCCCAAGGAAGUGCUGCUGAAGCGGGCGGCCGACUUGGCAGAGGCCCUGUAUGGAGUGCCCAGCAGUAACCAGGAGCUGCUCCUGAAGCGCGCGGCCGACGUGGCCGAGGCUCUGUACAGCGCCCCGCGGGCGCCAGCCCCGCUCGGCCCGCUGGCCCCGAGCCACCCGCACCCCGCCGUCGUGGGCAUCAACGCCUUCAGCAGCCCGCUGGCCAUCGCCGUUGGGGACGCCACGCCGGGGCCCGAGCCCGGCUACGCGCGCAGCUGCAGCAGUGCAUCCCCGCACGGGUUCGCGCCCAGCCCCAGCUCGCAGCAGAGCGGCUACGGCGGCGGCCUCGGGGCUGGCCUCGGCGGCUACGGGGCCCCGGGCGUGGCCGGCCUCGGCGUACCCGGGUCCCCUAGCUUCCUCAAUGGCUCCACGGCCACCUCGCCCUUCGCCAUCAUGCCCUCUAGCCCCCCGCUGGCCGCUGCCUCCUCCAUGUCCCUCCCGGCUGCUGCCCCUACUGCCAGCGUCUUCUCCUUCUCGCCUGUCAACAUGAUCUCCGCUGUCAAACAGAGGAGCGCCUUCGCCCCUGUGCUGCGGCCACCUGGCUCCCCGCCCCAGGCCUGCCCCAGAGCCCAUGGAGACGGACUUGCAGACCAGCCUUUUGAGGACUCUGAAAAGUUCCACUCACAAGCCCGGGGACUUCAGGGCCUGGCGUACUCCUAAUCCUGAUCUGCAGAAGUUGCCUCCAGCGAGCCUGGCCUGGAUUCAUGGAUUCACACCCAGGUCCUGGAUGGCAGCACAGGCAGAUGCAGGGCCAGGACUGCAAGCUGACCUCAACCCUCGGGCGUGAACUGGAGAGGCCUUCCUCCCAGGCUAGAGCCCACCGGCCUCACAGGCUUCUCUCGCCUCCCUUUCUCUGGGCUGGUCGGAAGCCCAGCACUGUGCUGAUGCUCUUGGCAGGAGAGCAUCCUGGAGGAGGGGCUGGGAUGCUGGGCCCCCCCUCACUGGGUCGGUUCCUCUGGAAGAGAUGGAGCUCAUCCAGACCAGGGUCAUCGGGUAAGAGGAGCGUGGGAUGGCACAGCUCAGGGAGAGGUGGCCUAGGAAGGUCCUGUUCGUAUCCAACCCAUUUCAGUAAUCCCAGCAUCCUAACUUCUCUCCGGGGCUUAGGGUGGUGCCCAGAAGCCUCAGGAGGCCUGCCCAGGCUCCUAUGGAGUUCCCCAAGGCCGCCCGACUUGGGCUCCCCCGACUCUUUGAGCCCUGUCCCAUCAUGGCUUCCAGGGUGGGGGCUUUGGACCUGGAGGGUGCAGAAGGCAGCGUGUCAGACCCCUGGAUGUUGGGUCUUUAUUCACCGAUGGAUGGCUCCUGGAUGCUGCGCGCGCGCGCGCCACACACACGGACUCGGUUGGGAUGGCAGAGGACAAGUUGAUCCCCAGGUGGCCUCAUGCUCUGCUCUUCAGAGUUUGGAGAAAUCGGAACAAUAAACACAGAUGCAGGUGGCCA